AGAGGAAGCACAGAACACAGUAGGCAGCGCAGCAGAGAAAAUGUAUAAUUUACAUUAAUUUAAUUACAAAUAGUUCGUCGUGCCAGAUCUCGAUUCUCGUUAUUCCGCAACAGUCCGCAGUCGGGGAAAACUGUAAAAAAGCAGUGCGCGCACAACACAGUCCACCACCUGGUUUUCCGUGGAUACAAAAUCCCAGCCAGCGAGCGAGUGAAAAGUGGGUGAAAAUGGCGUGGAAAAUGGGAGGAAACCGGGCCGCAACGCUGGCGUUGCUCUUGGCCAGCAGUUUGCUGCUGCUGAGUGCGGCCAAAGCCGCCGAUUUGGGCCCGGAUUCGGAGUCGGACGACUUCGAGGACGGCUAUGUGGAAGAUGUGCAGGAGGAACCCACAGCCAUCGAUGGCGAUGAGAAGCUGGCCUACGAGAGCCCGGUGAUCGAUGCCAAGAAGUUCCACUUCGCAGAUCACUUCGACGACGUGGAGGCGUCCAGGAAGAAGUGGGUCCUGUCGCAGGCCAAGAAGGACGACAUUGCCGAGGAGAUCUCCAAGUACGAUGGCAUCUGGAACUGGGAGUCGCCGCAGCGCAUCGUUUGGGCAAACGAUCUGGGUCUGGUGCUCAAGUCGAAGGCCAAGCAUGCGGCCAUAGCCGCGCCCCUCCGCCAGCCGUUCGAGUUCAAGUCGGACAAGCCACUGGUGGUGCAGUACGAGGUCACGUUGCAGGAGGGCCAGGAGUGCGGCGGCUCGUAUCUGAAACUUUUGUCCGCGGGAAAAGACACGGAGCAACUAAAAGCCUUCAAUGACAAGACACCCUAUACCAUCAUGUUUGGACCGGACAAGUGCGGCAACGAUGUGAAAAUGCACUUCAUAUUCCGGCACGUCAAUCCAAUUAAUGGCACCAUCACCGAGAAGCACUGCAACAAGCCAAAGAACCGUUUGGAAGAGCCAUUCAAGGACAAGCUACCCCAUCUCUACCAGCUGGUGGUCCGUCCCGAUAACAGCUUCGAGAUUCGCGUUGACCACAAGAUCAUCAAUGAGGGUUCCCUGCUGACCGACUUCAAGCCACCAGUCAACCCGCCGUCCGAGAUCGACGACCCCAAUGACCACAAACCAGAAUCGUGGGAUGAGCGAGAGAAGAUCCCAGACCCCACUGCCCACAAGCCCGAGGAUUGGGACGAGGAUGCUCCACCACAGCUGCCCGAUACCGAUGCCGUCAUGCCCAAUGGCUGGCUCGAGGAUGAGCCCGACAUGAUUUUCGAUCCAACUGCCACCAAACCCGAAGAUUGGGAUGCCGAAAUCGAUGGCGAGUGGGAGGCUCCAUUGGUGGACAAUCCAGUGUGCGAGAAGGCACCCGGCUGUGGCAAGUGGAAGGCUCCGCUCAUUCCCAAUCCCAACUACAAGGGCAAGUGGCGUGCACCAAUGAUCGAGAACCCCAACUACCAGGGCAAGUGGGCACCCAGGAAGAUUGUCAAUCCAGACUUCUUUGAGGAUCUGAAGCCCUUCCAAAUGACGCCAAUCAGCGCCGUGGGUCUGGAGCUGUGGUCCAUGUCGAGCGACAUUCUCUUCGAUAAUCUGAUCAUCACGGACGAUGUGGAGGUGGCCCGUGACUUUGCCGCCAACAGCUUCGACAUCAAGCGUCGCUACAUUGAUCGUGAAUCGAAAACCUUCUGGCACCGCCUGAUGCGCCGCAUGAACUACAAGCCCGGCUGGUGGGCCCUGUACUUCCUGUACCUGCUCAUUCCGGCCAGUUGCUAUGUCUUCUAUCUCUACCGACGCGCCAAAGAGGACUCUGCUGCCAAAAAGGCCGCUGCCGAGGCCAAGAAGACCGACGAUCCUCAGCCCGAUGAUGAGCCCGAGGCCGAGGAGGAGGAGGAGAGCGACGAAAGGGCCGCUGGCGAUUCCAGCAAGGAGAGCACACCGCUGUCCGCUAGUCCCAAGAAGAACCAAAAGUCUGAUUUAGAUGAUAACCAAGAGGAGACCAAGGCGGCGGAGAAUCAAGAGCCCGCACAGACUGAGGAAUCUAACACAAAAACACGCAAGCGUCAGGCGCGCAAGGAGUAAGCUGGCAUCCUCCGAUGCCGAAUCCGAAAACAAAUACUGCAACUCUAAAUAAAAACUUAAUCCAAUUCCAAAAGCCAGCGGUUGCAAAACACACACAAACAACCAAAUGUCCAAGCAAACGUACAUUUCAAACAUGUUGUUUUUCGCCGAGGCAGCCGACAUCUCCCUCAAACUACACACAUACACUCUCCCACACACACACAUGGAGAAACACACACACACAAAUGGAGCAACACACACACACAAAUGGAGAAAUAAACACACUCUCACACUGUAAAACAAA